CUUCCUCCUUCCCCGAGCCGCGUCAAACGAACCAAACCUUGUGAGAGCUCCCGUCUACCCCUCCCCACUUCCCCUACCCCCCCUCCUCUCACCACGCCGAUUCCUCGCACUAUCUCCUCCCCUGUAUCCUUCCGCUGCCGCCACCGACGGCGAAUCCGCGGGCCCCCGCCCCGAAUCCGCGCCGCCCGCGCCCAGAUCUCCCCCCUCCGCGCCUCCGGAUGUGAUGAGCCGCCCCCAUUUGCCCAAGGACCCGGCCUUCCCGCGCGCCAAUGGGUCCUUGGACGGCGGAACCCGCGGCCUCGGUGGCGAGAUCGAGGAGGUGGGCGCGGCGGCCACCAUAGCCGUCGAGCAGUCGCCCUCGCAGUCCUCGUCCCCGACGGCGUCGUCGCCGCCGGCUGCGAUGUCGUCGUGCGGGCAGUACAUGCUGCACCGGGUGCGCAAGCUCGACACCCUCGCGGGCGUCGCCAUCAAGUACGGCGUCGAGGUAGCCGACAUUAAGAGACUGAAUGGCCUCUCAACUGACCUCCAGAUGUUUGCACACAAGACACUACGGAUUCCACUACCGGGGAGGCACCCUCCGUCGUCUUAUCAGCAGAAUGGUUCAGACGAGAGUGAUGACAGGGAAUGUACUCCACGCCGCAUUCAUGAUGAUAUCUUGGAUUCAAUAUUGAAAACACCAAAGCCCAAAGUUUCACCAGCCAUGAGUCUUCUGCAGGGAUACUAUGGCCUUGCACCACCUCCAAAGAGAGAUCAAACAGGCGAAGGCACUGAGAUGGCAGUCUAUGGAAAAGGCAAAUCUGCUUUUUUGGAUGUUGAGCCAUGGCUGGAGCCACCAAAUUCCGAACCGUUCUCUCUUCAGAAUAGGAAAACCAAAAGCUUGACAAUAGGUUCUUCUCUUCUUGAUGGUGAUACUGAUGAAAAUGGUGAUAGUGAAAGGUUAAUAAGGCGGCGCCAGAAAGCUGAUGGUGAACUGUUACCUAGGGAGGAAAACGGUGGUGACUUCCUGGCAAGCGCUGGGAAAGGUUUGGCACUGAGGCCAAAGUCGAGCAAUCGAUCAGACAUGAACAAGAGUCAGCAGAACCUUUUUGCAAUGGCAGAGCCUUUGUUCAGCAAUGGUGUGCAAACUGUAAGGAAAUCAUCCAGCACUCCGGAGUUCCAAGAGCCAGAGAGCAACACCAGUUCGUCCAUAUGGUCAGCAAGCAAGUGGAGCAUAAACACAGAUGCUUUUGCUCUUCCUCUCCCCAUCCCUCGCUUUGACAACAUCCCAAAGCCGAUUGCUGCUUGGAGAAACAAGGCGGCUCGUGAUUAAUCAUGUGCUAUAUCUUGGUUAUGUGCAUGAUUUUCCCUGAACACCAGGAGGCCCAGGAAGUGCCCAUGAAAGAGCUUACAGCUUACGUUGGCACCAGUCUCCACAGCUGGAAGCAAAGCAGGACCUUGAUUGGUUCCUGCUAGUUGGAACAUACUGAAGAUCAGAUGCAUUUCGUCUAUGUUCCCAGAUGGUAUCUAGAUUAGGUUUACAUGGUUCUCAUGUUAUAUUGGACAUGUUGCGCCAAGAGUAACAGCGUUAAUAUUCUUCAUAUAAAUUAUAGAUGUUAGAUGACAUAGAGGAGACUUGGAUAUUUGAGGAGGAUAUUCUUUUGUACACAAUGAGAUAAUGUAGAGGAUCAAAGGGCGGUUACAUAUGUGCUGUAUGUGGGAUCCCGUAUUACCUAAUAUAGAAGAAGUUGGCUUCGUUUAACUUGA